AUGAAACGAAAAGUCACACAUCGCACGAGAACGGCGUAUUCCGACUCAGAUGUCAAGACCGAAGUGACUGAAGCUGAAACUCCAGCGAAAAAGAGGAAGAUAACAAAUAAACGAAAAAAGGCCAAAAAAAGUGAAAAUGAUUCUUCAUCAAUCUAUCUCACUUCUGUGAUUCCGUUGGGCGCGUCAUCAAUGUAUUUGGAGCGUAACCAAUCCCCUUCUCUGUGGAUUACUCUACCCCGAGCGGAUCAAUCGCAGCUCUUGGACUUUUUUCUGGAAGAUGAGCUGAUAAAGAUUCUCCCUCAGCGAUUAAAAGUGUUCCUCACCGAUUGGCUUUCUUCGGCCCAACAAAAAAUGAUUGAAAUGCUGAAAAAUGAUGAUUUGAGAAAAACGAUCGAAUCGAUGAAGGUUAAAUGCCAGCAAACUAUAAUACGUUCCGAUAAGAGACUCCGUUUUUUCCUGCGGGGAAUUUUGAAAACUGUUUUCAAUACACAAAGAUUUGCCAUUUUGGAAAGAAAAUCAUCGUGGCUCACUUUUAUCAGCAGCUUUGUUAAAAAUAGGAAGCUGAAAAAAGAAGUCGAUGAGGUUGUGUUAAUGAGGGUUUUCACUUCAUUUUUUUAUGAUGGAGAGCUUGAGGAGGAAGGAAUUUGUAAUCAAAAAUCUACGUCGGAGAAGGUCGUCGAGGAACACGAUGAAAAACUUCAAAGAUUUCCAUUUCCAACACAUGUUACAUCUAGUUCUACUUCCGGUACCAUCUCAAUGGAUCUCUAUUCUGCUAUCCCGUUGGGCGCGCCAUCAAUGUAUUUGGAACGUAACGAAUCACUUUCUCUGUGGAUUACUCUAACUCGAGCGGAGAAAUCACAGCUCUUGAAGUUUGUUCUAGAAGAGGAUCUGAUCAAUGAUCUCUCGAAAGGGGGGAAAAGAUUCCUCACUAAUUGGCUCUUGUCAGUUCAACAACAUAUGAUAGAAACUUUAAAGGAUGAUGGCUUGUGGAAAACUAUCGAAUCGGUGGAGAUUCGGAAGGAGAAAUCUCUAGGACGUUGCGAUGAAAGGCUCGGCAUAUUGCUGCAGAAUUUGUUGGAAACGGUUCUCCGGACGGAACAAUUUGUCAUUUUCAAAGGUGUUGAAAAUGUUUGCAUGAAGUACAUUCGAAACUUCGUUCAAAAAGGACCAUUGAAAAGAAGGAUGAAUGAAUCUAAUCUGAAAAAAACUUUCCAUUCAAUGCCUCCAAAAAUGGCUAAAUCCAAAACCAAAGUGACUGAUCCUUCGAAGAAAAGAAAACCAGGGAGUCCCCCAAAAAGGGCAAUUUUUGAUGAAUUUCACUGGAAUUCAGUAGAACAAAAUUUUCAGAAGUUUUUCGGACCUCCUGGCUAUGUUCGACCAAGCAAAAAGUCGCAACAAGCGGGACGGGGAUUCGCUCCCGCUACGCCUGUCGAAAAACAACUUUGUUUAAAGAAUCAGUAA